AUGAGUUCCUUCAGCUACGAGCCGUACUACUCGACUUCCUACAAACGGCGCUAUGUGGAGACGCCCCGGGUGCACAUCUCCAGCGUCCGCAGCGGCUACAGCACCGCGCGCUCCGCUUACUCCAGCUACUCCGCGCCCGUCUCCUCCUCGCUAUCCGUGCGGCGCAGCUACUCCUCCAGCUCCGGUUCCUUGAUGCCCAGCCUCGAGAGCCUCGACCUGAGCCAGGUCGCCGCCAUCAGCAACGACCUCAAGUCGAUCCGCACCCAGGAGAAGGCGCAGCUGCAGGACCUCAACGACCGUUUCGCCAGCUUCAUCGAGCGCGUGCACGAGCUGGAGCAGCAGAACAAGGUCCUGGAAGCCGAGCUGCUGGUGCUGCGCCAGAAGCACUCCGAGCCCUCCCGCUUCCGGGCGCUCUACGAGCAGGAGAUCCGCGAUCUCCGCCUGGCAGCGGAAGACGCCACCAACGAGAAGCAGGCACUCCAGGGUGAGCGCGAGGGGCUGGAGGAGACUCUGCGCAGCCUGCAGGCGCGCUACGAAGAGGAGGUGCUGAGCCGUGAGGACGCCGAGGGCCGGCUGAUGGAAGCGCGCAAAGGGGCCGACGAGGCGGCUCUCGCCCGCGCCGAGCUCGAAAAGCGCAUAGACAGCCUGAUGGACGAAAUCGCCUUUCUGAAGAAAGUGCACGAAGAGGAGAUCGCCGAGCUGCAGGCACAGAUCCAGUAUGCACAGAUCUCCGUGGAGAUGGACGUGUCCUCCAAGCCCGACCUCUCCGCCGCGCUCAAGGACAUCCGCGCCCAGUAUGAGAAGCUGGCAGCCAAGAACAUGCAGAAUGCAGAAGAAUGGUUCAAGAGCCGCUUCACCGUGCUGACCGAGAGCGCCGCCAAGAACACCGAUGCUGUGCGCGCCGCCAAGGACGAGGUGUCCGAGAGCCGCCGCCUGCUUAAGGCCAAGACCCUGGAGAUCGAAGCAUGCCGGGGCAUGAACGAAGCGCUGGAGAAGCAAUUGCAGGAGCUAGAGGACAAACAGAACGCCGACAUUAGCGCUAUGCAGGACACAAUCAACAAAUUGGAAAAUGAAUUGAGAACCACAAAGAGUGAAAUGGCAAGAUACCUCAAGGAAUACCAAGACCUCCUUAAUGUCAAGAUGGCUUUGGACAUUGAGAUUGCAGCUUACAGGAAACUCUUGGAAGGUGAGGAGACCCGGCUCAGUUUCACCAGUGUGGGCAGCCUAACCACCGGCUACACCCAGAGCUCCCAGGUCUUCGGCCGAUCUGCCUAUGGAGGUUUGCAGACCAGCUCCUAUUUGAUGUCUGCCCGCUCCUUCCCGUCCUACUACACCAGCCACGUCCAAGAGGAGCAGAUAGAGGUGGAGGAGACCAUCGAGGCUGCUAAAGCUGAGGAAGCCAAGGACGAGCCCCCCUCUGAAGGAGAAGCAGAAGAAGAGGAGAAGGAGAAGGAAGAGGCUGAGGCUGAGGCUGAGGCUGAGGCUGAGGAAGAGGAGGGAGCCCAAGAGGAAGAAGCUGCCAAGGAAGAUGCUGAGGAAGCAAAGGAGGAAGAAGAAGGAGGUGAAGGCGAAGAAGCAGAAGAAACCAAAGAAGCAGAGGAGGAAGAGAAAAAAGAUGAAGGUGCUGGGGAGGAGCAAGCCUCUAAGAAGAAAGAUUGA